UGUCCCUCCAGCCCUCAGUCUGGCCCUGCCCAGGGUCCCCUGCAAUCAGCCUCCCCACACAGAGGCCCCAGGGAACCCCAGCCAAUUGCUCUCAGCAACUCAACUAGCCUCCAGUGGCUUAUGGGGCACUGUCCUGCCCAGUUCUGCUAAGAUGCUCCUGGCCUCUCCCUCCACCCCAUCCAGAGCACGGACCCCCAGCGCGGUGGAGAGGCUGGAGGCCGACAAAGCCAAGUAUGUCAAGACGCACCAGGUGAUAGCGCGACGCCAGGAGCCAGCCCUGCGCGGGGGUUCGGGGCCGCUUACGCCGCACCCCUGCAAUGAGCUGGGGGCCCCUGCAUCACCCAGGACGCCCAGGCCCGCCCGCCGUGGUAGCGGCAGGAGGCUGCCAAGGCCGGACUCCCUCAUCUUCUACCGCCAGAAGCGGGACUGCAAGGCUUCGGUGAACAAAGAGAACGCCAAGGGCCAGGGGCUGGUGCGGCGCCUCUUCCUGGGCACCCCCCGAGACGCCACCUCGAGCAGCCCGGGCCCAACGGAGCGACCUACGGCUCCUGGGGGUUGGGCUGCGCCCCAAGAUACCCCGGAAGAGGCGGGAAAGCGGCCUCUGUGCCCCACGUGUUCGCUGCCCCUGUCUGAAAAGGAGCGCUUCUUCAACUACUGCGGCCUGGAACGCGCGCUGGUGGAGGUGCUGGGCGCCGAGCGCUUCUCUCCGCAGAGCUGGGGCGCCGACGCCAGUCCCCAGCCCGGAACGUCGCAGCCACCCUGCUCCGGGGACGCCAGCGACUGGACGUCCAGCGACGAAGGCGCAGAUCGCUCGGAUCCUGCAGGCGGAGGCCACGGCGGCGGAGGCUCGGAGGCGGCGGGCUCGGCGCGGGACGGGCGCCCCCCGGUGUCGGUGGUGGAGCGCAACGCGCGCGUCAUCCAGUGGUUGUACGGCUGCCAGCGCGCCCGCGGCUCACCGCGCGAGUCUGAGGUGUGA